AACUUUCCGCUACAUUCCGAGCAGAAACUCCCGACGUAAAGAAGUACAAUAUCGACAGUUUACGCCCAAAACGUACAGCUCUGCAUAGAGAUUGACAUUAAUCUCGGAUUAUUUCUCUCGCUUUGUGACAAUAAUUUACAAACAUGCCAUUUUUCAAGAAGGCACAAGAUGGAGCGGAAUCGCUGAAAGCGUCUGCAGAAAAACAGAAGGAAGAGUUCGAAGCUAAAAUUCAGAGCUUGCAGCAGGAGAAAGAGACACUCCAGAACCAGGCUCAGGAGUAUAAGACUCGCGCGGAGUCGGCAGAAAGCAAGCUGGCGAAGAUGAAACAGGAGAUGGAGGGAAAGUAUAACGAGCAGAUCACAAACCUCAAAGAGGAGAAAAAGUCGCUGCUGGAACAAAUAGAGCAACUGAAAAAGUCAGCCCAGGAAUCGCUGCAGAACUUGAAGAGUAGUCUCCCUUCUGGACUUCCGUUUUAGACAUCGCGAGAGUAAAGAAAGUCAAUCACUUAGAACUAUAAGAGUCGUUUCUAUAAUGCUGUUUAAUAUUAAAUUUUACAAAUUUUACAACUUCUAAAAUAAAACAGCACCCCCCCCCCCCCCCUUCCCCUCUUCCCAUUUAAAGGUGCAAUCUUGUCUAACCAACAUUUUAAACAUGGCCGUCGGAAGAUGUGUUGGAAUUUGUUUCCAUGCUUACAUAAAGACAAUACAUAUAUAUUGAAUACGUUUAAGGGCGUAUACUACCAAAUCAAAUCCCAUAGACGACAAUGGUAACAAGUGGUUAAAACUCCUACUCGAACUUUGAACCAGCCUGAAGUUAUCUGGUUUAGUACUGUCUUAAGGGAUACUAUUUGUGAAAUGUAUAGCCUUAUCUCGGUGAGCACAGUAGUAGGUGCAUAGUCUUAGAAAUCUGUCCCAAGUUCAUACAAAUGUUUUCUAAAUCGACUUUACAGGUCCUUGGCAACGAAGAGCCUUUGUCCCUACCCCACCCCCCCCCCAUCCCGCCACAAAACCAUAAAGGUUGCAUACCACGUUUAAUUACUCCAUGCAAUUCAAUACUAUAUCUGUCAGAAUUUUAUUUAUGAAAAAAAUACGAUAUCGAGAGGGCUAUGUGACUGCUAAUUUUAGGAAGUACUAUCAAUUGAUAACUACCUUGCAAACAAAUCAACAUAGUUUGACUGCGAUCAGUUUCACUUUGAUACCCUUAUGCCAGACCACUGCCUCAUUCUGCUGUUAUACAAGUAGCAGUAUAUCCUUUUAGGGAGUACAAUCCAUUGAUAACUACCUUGCAAAAAAAUCAACAUAGUUUUAUUACGACCAUUUUCAGUUUGAUACCCUUAUGGCAGAUUAUUGCCUCAUUUUGUUGUUUUACAAGUAGCAGUAUACCCUUUUAGGGAGUACAAUCCAUUGAUAACUACCUUGCAAAAAAAAUCAACAUAGUUUUAUUAUGACCAUGUUCGGUUUGAUACCCGUAUGCCAGAUUAUUGCCUCAUUUUGUUGUUAUACAAGUAGUAGUAUCUGCAGCCUCAUGCUGGCUACGCCGUUGAGUAUACCCUUUGCAGUUGUUAUCGGUUAAUAUUAAAUCUGACAAGCAACUUUAAACCAAUAUGUUAUUUAAAUAUCACAGAGGUUAACCUACCUGUAAUCAUCAAAGAAAUAUUUCAAAAGGUGUAUCAAUAAUUUGUAUUAUUAAGACUUAGUAACGACACGACAAAUGGUGGUGUGGUGACCAUAUACUAAAUGUGCCUCUUCCCACCCCCACUUCAGCAGGUUCCCUCCUCUCCCUUCCAUUUCCAGUGGCGGAUCCAGAAAAUCCAUUAUGGGGGGGGGGAUGACAUGAGGCGGAAUGGCCAUUGGAACUUUGGGGGAGGUAAAAAAAUUUAAGGGGGGCAGCCCCCCCCCCCCCCUCCCUCCGAUCCGCCUCUGAUUUCACAGAACGCCCCUACGGGUCUGUCGUAAUAAUCGAAAGUGAAUCGGUUGAAACUGAUUAUAUCGAUGAUCAGUGAUGAAAUUCCAACCGAUUAUUAAGACAAUCAAGAAUUCAUUCGGAUUUCUCGAUAUUAAGAAAUAAUGAAUUAAAAUGGUAAAACAAAAAUUCAUGAGUGUAGAUAAUUUUAAAUUUCAGAACAGUCCAGCAAAAUAAUUGCCAAAACCUAUGUAACUCACAAAAUUGUGUACAAACAUUUUGUUCACAAAACAUAUUUACUGAAAUGUGUAUAAAUAUUUUACUAACAAAACAUAUUUACUGAAAUGUGUAUAAAUGUUUUACUCACAAAACAUGUUUACCGAAAUGUGUGAAAACGUUUUUAUUUCCAAACAUUUUUUAUUGAAAUGGGUAUUUAAAAGUUUUACUCACUAAACAUUUUUACUGUAAUGUGUAGGCCCUGUAAACUUUUUACCAUUUGUAAUGCUACUAUUCUGACUGCUUCUUAUAUAUUUACGUGAACCAGAGUUUAAAAUGGCAUUAUUAACACAAAAUCGUCGGUAAUCAUUUUGAAGUGGGGGUGGGGAGCGGGGAUUGAUUGUGCAUAAAUUAAUAUUAACGGAUAGCCGCAAUCAACUACUACAAGGGCUUCAGGGUGAGGUCAUUAGGCCGCAAGCCGUUAGGGUUUCGGGUGGUGGGGUGGGGUUGUUUCAUUGAAAUAGUUUAUUGUUGUUACCUAAGUCGAAAUAUAUUUGGUUUAUUAUGUGAUUUAUGAGAAUUCCAGCAAUGAAAAGCUGAAAAGUAUUUUAUCAUUAUGAUCUAUUAUAUACAACAGCUUGGUCUUCCUCGGUAAACCCCCCCCCCCCCCCCCCCCCCCCAUUUUCGUUAGCCAAGGUACCAUUUCGUACAACAUACGGAAUUCAGUAUACCAUACGUCGACGGUCUGGCCAUGCCGCGUUAUAUGGGCGUUGGGGAAGGGAGGAUGGGGGAAGAACGCUGUUGUAAAAAGUUUUGUUUUCUUUCGAAAUUAAAAAAAUACUUUACAUAAUUAUGCAAAAUAACCUCCGUUGUUAAAACAAAAACAAAAACAAAACUUCAUAUAAUCUACUUUAACAUUUUUAACACUAGAAUCUGAAUUGUAUCUGUUAUGUAACAAGUGGCGUAGUGUGGGCGGGGCCAUCGGGGCGGUUGCCCUGGGUGCAAAAUUCUGGACUGGUGGAAGGGACUCGGGGAGUGCUAACGGUCCACUGGUUAGGGGGCGCAAUACUUGCCUUGCCCCAGGCGCUGGCAACCCACGCUACGUCACUUAUGUUAAUACUCGUGUUUUAAAAUUAAAAAUCCUUUCAUUUUAGCCAACAUAGUAUAGUGUAUGUUGUUUCUUUUCGAUAUCUUGCAAGUUAUUAAUAAGUAAAACCACAAUAUAUGUCCAGAAACAGUUUCCUUACUCGUCAGAACAUAAAUCAUAUACAUGUAUGUAGUUUGUUUUGUGUAUAGAAUACAUUUAUUGUACAUAUAACAAAUGCUUUCUUAAACAAAGAAGUAAACUGCCCGUUUAUUUAA